GGCCAGUGACCCUGCCAAACAGUUCUUUUACCUCAGUCUGCAGCAGCACAAGCUCUUACGGUAGCAUAUUUCAAUAAUACAGACAUAAACGCAGGAUGAAGCCACUGGUGUCUUUGUGGUCGCUGUGCUUCCUGUCCAUACUUUGCACAGUCCAGGCCAGGCGAGAUAUCUGCAGUGCCAAGCCCAAAGACCUCCCCCUGGAGCCAUUAUGUGUCUAUCGUAGACCAGAUCCUGAACCAGAGAGUGAGAACCCUACUGAAGCAGCUGAAAAAAUUCCAGAGUCCACCAACCCCCGAGUAUGGGAGCUGUCGAAGGCAAAUAGCAGAUUUGCCCUCUCUCUCUUCCAGGAGCUUGCUAAGAGCAAGCCUGAAGAUAGCAACAUCUUCAUGUCCCCAAUUAGCAUUUCCACAGCAUUCGCCAUGACCAAGCUGGGAGCCUGCAACACCACCCUGGAGCAAAUCAUGAAAGUAUUUGAGUUUGAUACAAUAAAAGAGAAGACAUCUGACCAGGUGCACUUCUUCUUUGCGAAGCUGAAUUGCCGUCUUUAUCGGAAAAAAGACAAGACGACAGAGCUGGUCUCAGCCAACCGUUUGUUUGGGGAAAAGUCUAUGAGGUUCAAUGAGACUUACCAGAACAUCAGUGAGUUGGUUUAUGGGGCAAAGCUGUUACCACUGAACUUCAAGGAGAAGCCAGAGCUUUCAAGAAUGACAAUUAAUGAAUGGAUUUCAAAUAAGACAGAGAGCAGGAUCCAGGACACUCUGCCAAAAGGCUCUAUAGACAGUACCACUGUCCUUGUUUUAGUGAACACCAUUUUUUUUCAGGGCCAGUGGAAAAAUAAAUUCGACAAGGACAAUGUUAUGAAUGAUGACUUCUAUCUUAGUCAUGGAAAAACCUGCCCAGUGCCCAUGAUGUAUCAGGAAACAAAGUUCAGGUAUGGAAGGUUUCCUGAGGAUAAUGUGAAGGUCCUUGAAAUGCCAUACCGUGGAGAAGACAUAACAAUGGUGCUGAUCCUUCCAACAAAAGACAUCAGCCUGUCUGAGGUGGAGAAAAGCCUGGACCUGAGGAAGGUGGUUGGCUGGCUGGAGAACAUGAAGGAGAUAUCAGUGGCUGUGCAAAUUCCACGCUUCCAAAUUGAAGAUGGUUUCAGUCUAAAGGAGAAACUGCAGAGUAUGGGCUUGCAGCACCUCUUCAGCCCACACCACUCUAGCCUUCCCGGACUACUUGAAGAUGAAUCAGAUGACAUUUACAUUUCGGAUGCCUUCCAUAAAUCAUUUCUAGAGGUAAACGAAGAGGGUAGUGAGGCAGCAGCUGCCACGGCAGUGGUGGCCAUUGGUCGCUCUAUAAACUUCAACCGUGAAGUAUUUAUUGCCAACCGACCAUUUCUGCUGCUCAUCCGUGAGUCCACCAUCAAUACCAUUAUCUUCAUGGGCCGUGUGGCAAAUCCAUGCGGUGGUAACCAAUGAGAUGUCCUUGAGCAAAAGGACAGUGCAAAGGCAGGAAGAGGAGGAAGCAAACUCACAAUAUGUUUUCUGAAUUCUGAAUUCUCAAAGGAAUACAAUUAAAUAAUGGUGGGUGCUGUUUAAAUAUGUGUCUGAAAUAAAGAGUGCAUUUGUUAAAAGGA